ACUUUUAAAAUAAUGCAGAGGGCAUUGUCAUUCCACUUUCCAGGCUUUCGAGUUAUUUAAUACGUACAUCACAUAGUACCAUACCGUCUUCUUCUUUGUUUCUCGAUCCCCGGAUAGGACUUGCAGCGCGCCCCCUGAUCAGCUAGCCUCCUUUCCUCUUUCAAUUAAACCUACUACUACUACUAUUAUUAUUAUUAUUAUUAUUAUUGUUAUUGUUAUGGCCGCCAACAUUGCCGCAGCAGCACCGCCGCCCUACUACUACCGCAGUACGUCUGCUCUUCCUCAAAAAUCCAAAUGGUGCGGCGCCCGAGGCAACGGUACUAGGGCGGCAAUCACCAGCAGGCACAAGUACGUGACGUUGUGCGUGGCAACGCGGCCGGGCAGAUCAGCGCCGGCGGAAUUCGACCUCGAGGAGUACAUGUCGUGCAAGGCCCGGCGCGUGAACGAGGCCUUGGACAGGGCCGUCCCGCUGCGCCACCCGGAGAAGAUCCACGAGUCCAUGCGCUACUCCCUCCUGGCCGGCGGCAAGCGCGUCCGCCCCGUCCUCGCCAUCGCCGCCUGCGAGCUCGUGGGCGGCACCGAGGACGCCGCCAUGCCCGCGGCCUGCGCCGCCGAGAUGAUCCACACCAUGUCGCUCAUCCACGACGACCUCCCCUGCAUGGACGACGACCGCCUCCGCCGGGGCAAGCCCACCAACCACGUCGCGUUCGGCGAGGACACCGCCGUCCUCGCGGGCGACGCGCUCCUCGCCCUCGCCUUCGAGCACGUCGCCAGGAGCCGGCCCCCCGCCCUCGCCCCCGACCGCCUGCUUCGGGUUCUCUCCGAGCUCGGCUCGGCGGUGGGCUCCGAGGGGCUGGUGGCGGGACAGAUCGUGGACAUCGCGAGCGAGGGCAAGUCCAUCGACCUGCGCGAGCUCGAAUACAUCCACGUGCACAAGACGGCGAGGCUGCUGGAGGCGGCGGCCGUGUGCGGGGCCAUCGUCGGGGGAGCGGAGGACGGCGCCGUGGAGAGCGUCCGCAAGUACGCGCGCUGCGUGGGGCUGCUGUUUCAGGUGGUGGACGACAUACUCGACGUCACUAAGACGUCCGAGGAGCUCGGGAAGACGGCGGGGAAGGACCUGGCGGCCGACAAGGCCACCUACCCCAAGCUCAUGGGGCUCGGCAGGGCGCGCCAGUUCGCCGCAGAGCUCGUGGGAAAGGCCGAGGAGGAGCUCGCCGGAUUCGACGCCCGCAAGGCGGCGCCGCUCUACCAUCUCGCGCACUUCAUCGCCGACCGCCAGAAUUAAAAAUUUACAUGGACCGAUCGAUAUCUGCAUCUCACUGAUUACUUACUAAUUAAUCAGUGAAUUAAUUAAAUUAGUGCAGCUGCUUAUUUACUUGUAAUAAUUCUGUAGUAAUUACUAUAUAAUUUAUGUACGUACAAUUUUAAUCAUCGUCGAAAUUUG